AUGGGAUACAUCGCGCCCUCGUUGACUCCCUGGAAAUCUGGCUAUGCAUCAUUCCGGGUGUACCAGAUCGACCCUGUCACAUUCGGCGUGAUGGAUUACACGCAGUACAUUACGAACGUCAAUGACCUUUCGCCCCAAGCGGAACCAGAAUGGAUCCCCUACUACAGCGCCAAGGCAAACUACGGGUCCAAACUCUCUCCACCCGUGGAAGAUCCCAACUUCGAGCUCACUCCCGGAUUUUGGCACAACGUUACCGAAGCCAUGGAGAAAGAUCAUUCUGUCUUCUAUGAUUUCUGGAAUAAACGAACUCGUGGGUUUGAUCUGACCGCUUGCACGGGUAGUUGCAUCAGUAAUGAGAUUUGCGCGCUACGUGGUGCCGAUAUUCAGUACUCUUGUUAUAAGCCAGACUCUGGCAUAUUUUCGAAGCGGGAUGAAACAAAGCCCGUCCCUAUUUCGGAAAAUCAUCUUCACGGGUCAGAGUGUGAUCAUUCGGAGGCCGCGUCUCUUUUAGCUAAGAUCACAACUCGCCAAAGGCUGGGGAAAAGUCAUAGAGACUGA